UCCUACAAGAGCAAGCGGGACAAGAGACAGAUGUCCAUCAGCAGCUCAGAGGAGGAGGGAGGAUCCACACCGGAGUACACCAGCUGUGAGGACGUGGACAUGGAGAGCGUCAGCGAGAAAGGUGACUGGGACUGUCAUCCACUAGAUCCUACAGUAUGGCAUCACCCAGUCUCGUGGCAGCCAUCUAAAGAGGGUGACCACUUGAUCGGACGCAUCACGUUAAGUAAGAGGUCAGCCAUGCCCCGAGAGGCAGGCUCCCUUCUCGGACUAAAGGUGGUUGGAGGUAAAAUGACAGAGACAGGGAGACUAGGGGCCUUUAUCACCAAAGUGAAAAAAGGAAGUCUCGCAGAUGUCGUUGGGCACCUUCGACCAGGUGACGAGGUGCUCCAGUGGAAUGGGAAAUCGUUGCCCGGAGCAACCAAGAAAGAAGUUUACAACAUCAUCCUGGAAUCCAAGGCCGAACCACAAGUGGAGAUAGUCGUAUCAAGACCUAUAGGGGAUAUCCCUAGAAUCCCAGAGUCAUCGCACCCACCUCUAGAAUCUACUGGCUCAAGUUCUUUUGAGUCCCCAAAGAUGGAUCGUCCUUCGAUUUCAGUUAUGUCCCCCACCAGUCCUGGGACUCUGCGAGACCUGCCUCUAGUACUGCCCGGACAACUUUCAGUAAAGUUGUGGUAUGACAAAGUAGGCCAUCAGUUGAUAGUCAAUGUCCUUCAAGCCAUAGACCUGCCUCCUCGACCUGAUGGGCGGCCAAGAAACCCCUAUGUCAAAAUGUACUUCCUUCCUGAUAGAAGUGACAAAAGUAAAAGACGAACUAAAACAGUGAAGAAAAGCGCUGAGCCGAAGUGGAACCAGACUUUUAUUUACUCCCACGUGCACAGACGGGACUUCAGAGAGCGCAUGUUAGAGAUCACCGUGUGGGACCAGCCACGAGUGCAGGAGGAGGAGAGCGAGUUCCUGGGAGAGAUCCUGAUUGAGUUGGAGACUGCUCUGUUGGACGACACUCCGCACUGGUACAAACUGCAGACCCAUGACGCAUCCUCCAUCCCUCUGCCUCAGCCCUCUCCUUAUCUCCCACGGCGACACGUCCACGGAGACAGUCCCAGCAAGAAACUACAGAGGUCCCAUCGCAUCAUUGACACAGAGUUUGAUGAUGGUUUGGUAGUGCCUAAAGGUCCUGAGCGUAACUCCAGAGACAGGGAAAGGGGCAGUACUUUGGCCGUCCCGGAGCAGCAGAGAGCGGUCCAGCACAGGUCCAGGUCUGUGUCCCCUCACCGAGAGGACUCCUGCCGGGCCCGCUCACGCCCUGCCUAUGUGCCCAUGCAAAGGAGCCUAGAUGAGAUCCACCAGAAUCGCCACCCCUCUCACUCUCCGUCCCGCUACCACGAGCCCCAUCUGGAGCACCAGCGGUCAGGCGACUCAGACUACGAGUAUUCUGAGGACAGUGAGGUCCUGGAGAUGCACAGGUCAAUCCGGGGCGGGAGUGCCGAAUGCCUGCACACAAACAGGGGCUUAGCUAGGCACAACAACACACUCCCUCCUAAAAUGCCCCUCUUAGUAAAUGGUGUCCAUAAAGACAUUUACAGCUCCACCCUCCCUGCAUGUUCAAAGAGCCAGUCGACACAGAAACAGGAAGUGGGUGUAGCUGUUCCCCGUAGCAUUCUCACACAGCGAGUGCUCAGGUUCACAGAUGAGGUCACUGUUAGCGACCUGCAGCCAUCGCUGGACAGAGUGAGAAGUGCCAGCACCACCUGUUUGAGGCCAGACAACCACUAUGACAGAGACAGGUUCUCCAAGUCUUUGCCCCGCAAGGUCCCCCCCCACCCCAGGAUCUUAGUAGAACAUGUGAACCCUGAAGAAGACAGACAGUGUAACAAUUCACCCAGUCCCAACUGUGCGAAUCCAAAAGGCAGUCGAAAGAGCCUAGAAGGGGACAGACUCCAGGGUAGCCCCUCUCCCCCAGGCACCGGCCGCAGAGGCAGACAGCUCCCACAGCUCCCAGCAAAGAGCAGCAACAUUGAGCAAGCCCUCGCAGGAGAUGACAGAGGAGGUCAGCUUCCAAAGAAAGUGCAUCCUUACAACAGGCCUUCAUCGUCCCACGACCGAGAGAUGGACCUCAAGAUGAAACGAAAGAACUAUGCAGGCCAGAGAUGCAGCAGUGACAACACGUCUGCACGAUCCUCAGACAGUGACAUGAGCGACAUGUCAGUGAACUCUCGAGCCAGCAGCAUCUCCAGACUCAGCAGCACCAGCUCCAUCCCAUCAGAGUAUCCAGGCGGGAGGUUCAGGAUGCGUGGUUCAGGUGGACGCAGUAUGCUGAAGAGCUCCAGUGUGAGCAGUGAGAUCUACACCCAGGAGCGCACAGACGGGAGUCAGUCGGACACAGCCCUCGGGACGGUCAGCGGAGGCACAAAAAAGAGACGCUCCAGCCUCAGCGCCAAAGUGGUCGCUAUCGUGGGCAACCGCCGCAGCCGAAGUACCUCCCAGAUCAGCGGGCCAGAGGGUAAAUCUAAGAAGGAGAAGGGCGCCCCCAUCCAGCGGAGCACGGAGACAGGUCUAGCAGUGGAGAUGGUUCGGAGCAUGCCCAGUCGACAACCCAGCCGCGAGUCCAACAACGGCAGCAUCCACAGCUGCAACUCUGAGGGGAAUCUGAUCUUCUCUGGAGUGAACUUGGGUGCCAGCAGUCAGCUGAGUGGCUUCCUGGAUGGUUUGGGUCCAGCACAGUUAGUGGGCAGACAAACACUCGCCACUCCUGCUAUCGGUGACAUCCAAAUCGGUAUGAUGGAGAAGAAGGGUCAGCUGGAGGUGGAGGUGAUCAGGGCACGGGGACUGGUGCAGAAACCUGGGUCCAAGUCACUUCCUGCUCCCUAUGUCAAGGUCUAUCUGCUGAAUAAUGGGGCGUACGUAGCCAAAAAGAAAACCAAGAUUGCACGGAAAACACUUGACCCGCUGUACCAGCAAGCACUGCUUUUCGAUGAGAGCCCACAGGGUAAAGUCCUACAGGUGAUUGUUUGGGGAGACUACGGCCGCAUGGAUCACAAGAGCUUCAUGGGAGUUGCACAAGUCUUGCUGGACGAACUGGACUUAUCAAGCACAGUAAUCGGCUGGUACAAGCUGUUCCCCCCCUCCUCCCUGGUGGACCCCACACUGGCCUCUCUGACGCGGAGGGCCUCUCAGUCAUCACUGGACAGCUCCUCAGGGCCCCCCGGGGUCCGCACCUAGUGGACCAACCAAGUCAUUACACCAACUCCCAUAGACAACAAUCAGAACCAGUCGUAUUAUAGAGAAAGCUUUGUUAAGAUCUGACAAUCACUUCUUUUGUUUGUCUGUGCUUGGGGACGUCUCAGUGUUUCAUGUCCAUUUGAGGGGGAAAAAAACGCAACUUUGAGUCCGUAAGCAAGUAGAGACUAAUCUAUUGGCGCAAGUAUCAAAAAGAAACAACAAUAGCAAUGUAUUGUAUGUAAGCGUCAGAAUGUAUGGUCUUUGAGAUAGAGGACGUCAGCCUCUUCAACUACAGGGGGCGCACUCCUCCUUCUAGUACUAUUAUUACAAUUACUGCAGAAAACCCAAGCCUGCCAGGAACUCAAGUCUGGAAGCACAGGGCCUUCUUUCGGUGCCUAGACCUUAGUCCCAUCACUGCUCCCUCUUUCUCUAUGUUUACCAUGGCUACCCGAAAGCCAAUCUGUUUGAACGUUUGAUGUUUAUUUUAUUUAAACUUUUAGCUUUUUUUUAAAACUUGCACAUGAUGUUUUUGCAGUGCUCAUGAUAUGUUGUCAGUCUGAUGUGUGCAUGGAGAGAAAAAAUCUAAACACAAAGGAUAAAAAACUACUAAGUGUCUGCAAGUGUUAUGCAGGGGUGUAACAAUAGGGGGGGCUGGUGAUGAAGACACCAUUUUUACAGUGAGUUAGUGUGCUGCGUUGUUUUCCUUGUUCCACCGCUGGUCAACAAGGCCAGUCGUCUUUGUAUAGAUGUAUAUUAGGCCUCUCAGGAGGUUGACCAAUAAAUAAAGUUUAUGUCACUUUGAAAUAUCACAAGGGUACAAUGUUGCUGUAAAAAUAUAAAAAAUAAAAAUGCAUAGGAGAUAUACUUUUUAUGUGCCCUCACCCCAGCACGUUUUAUCCAAACUUGUGUUACAUUAUUUUGAGAUUUUAACUCACAAGCACAAGAGCUUGAUUUUGUACGAGAAGUUUAACUUUUUGAAGAAAAAAUAAAUAUGUAGUUAAAAAAUAAAGCAAUGAUCCCGUCACCGGUCUAGCUAUAGGAAAAACAGAUGAAUUGCUCAGUUUCCUUGUGCAUCUCUGUGAAUGUGAAAGUAACCAAUCAGACUGAUCUGUCGGGACGCACACACCAAUGCCCAUCCUUCGUUUGGCCCAUAGACCCCGCCCACUGCGCGAAGGGGCGGGGCCAGCAUGACUUUGGAACCAGUUCCAAGCUGCAUGCACAUUUUUGUAAAACCGAAAAAAGACGUAGGUUCGUGUUAGUUUCUCAUACUGUAGGGCCGCUUGUCUGUUGCAUGCAGUUGUACAGUUUGCUCGUACUUGAAUAUUAAAGAGGUAAAAACCAAGAAGCCAUUACAACUAUGACACAUCGACAGCAGUCUCCACGCGUCCCUCAGUCCAGAAUGUGUGUCUCAAAACUUACUCUUGAUGUCUUUUCUGGAGCAAAGAUUUCUAGCUGUCCUCGUCCUCGCCCCUCUCACUGUAGUACACAAUAAACUAUACCUCCGAGGGGCUCACGUGUAUGAAUACAUGUACAAAUCAGAGGAAAUAUGAAUUAUGUUUCAACAUAAGGAUAUUCUAAUAUGUGGACUGUUUAGUUCUAUAUAGAGAAUAUGAUGCACAGAGUCACACAUGUAAAUAUUCAAUAUAGCCUUCACUGGUUUGUGCUAUCUACAACGGGGCCAAGACUUCAACUGAGCAGCAUCUAUGUUUAGGGACCAUCAGUGGACGCACAACCCACUAUACAACUACACACUUUCUCUGUGCUCUUUCAAAUGUCCAUACAGCCCCAUCCUCCACCCAUGUUUCAACUAAUAUGGGUUUUCUUUUCUCAGUGAA